GGCGCCGGUAGUUGAGCAAGCUAUCGGAGCGAAGAUGGCACCUUCUGGAGCCACGCCCUGCUGCUCAAGAUACCUUCCGCACUCUCAUCUGGUUUUGAGACCGGCGCUGCAGGUGUGUAUCCCUCCUGUGUCACGAGGUAGGCAGCUGCACCGUCCGGAAGCUCUGGUGCACCUGCGCCAUCGUUUGCGACGAGACCGCGCAUUCGGAAAAGAACAGCGUCCUGGCGACUGUUCGUCCACAAGAACGCCGUAAGUGUCGCAUCACGACAGUCAGUAGUAGAUGGUAUACAUCUACAUGACGUCUGUCUGGAGGGCAGCCUUUCUCCUCGUACGGGUGGCAGCUGAGGCUGUUCCGGGGCCGGGAGUACCAGGUCAUGCUGCGCCAGUCAUCGAAGAUGGAGAUGCUCGCGGCCCCACGACCUCCGCAGGAAGCGGACCCCUAUUGCUGGGGCAAGAAGAUUCGCCGACCACAGGAGCGGAGAUUCAGCCCGAAGACGCCGACCACAUAGGAGCAUUGAUGCCAACAUCAGUCACAAUGAGCCGUGGUACCACCACGGCGUCGACGUCGCAACUGCUGCAAACCGCCUCCACCGAAGUGACAUUUGACGGCCAAGCUGUUGGUGAGUUGCGUGUCGAUCCGCCUGUGGCAGACGAGAACAAGAUGAAUCUACCCGACGUUUAUUCUGAUCAACCCACGACAACAUCGUCGUCGUCGUACCUACUCUUAGUGCCCCCGAACGUCACACGCCUGGAAUUACAAGAUGCGAGCACGGACUUUGACGGAGAGGACCUCGAAGACGGUGAAGAUCUCGACCCUUUCAUCUCGUUUUUGCAGUCCGAUGAAAAGACGAAGACUACAAGCGAGCGGCGGUGGUUCUCCGAGGCGCUAGGGCAGCUGAAGGAGGAGGAAACCGACGAUGACGACGACAACGAUCCGCUAUUCAACUUCGACAACGACGUGGAACUGGUAAAUCAUGCCAACCUGAACGAAGAGCACGAAAAGUUCAAUGACCGCACAGACGAAACGGAAACGGAAAAUGAUCACGAAAGCUUGCUAGAAGUUGUCAAACGCCGAAAAAGAAAAAUGCAGCAUCGCGGCGGCGGGUCGUGGGUUGUUGAUGACGAGUCAGCUCCGUUUGAACGGAUAUCAAAAAAAGGACAGACGGUAGAAUUGCGGGACGUGCUGCAGAGGGCCACGAAAGGUCGCCAGGGAGCGUUCUGGAACAAGCUUCUUGACAGGGUGGAAGUCAAGGCGCAACUACCCAACGGGGCACCGCCAGCUCUCGGCGAAACAAAGGUCUCUGUCUCUCGACCGACGGGAACCGUGGACUAUUGCCGGCCAAGACUUCUGCACGAGAAAUUGGUAUUCCGGGGAAAAGAUGAAAUUGCACCCGAUCAGCGCGCGCCCUUUGGACUGGCGGCAACCGCAAGAGCACUGUCCAAAGGCUUCUCCAAGUUGAACCCCCUAGCGAACGGCCUGGUCUGUGACUCGAAACUUGCUGGGGUGUCGUGCGCAAACGCCGACCUGAAAAUCACAAAAGAAGUCGACUUGCAGACGAAGAAAUACAUAUCUAGUUGGAAGUACCACCACACCGACGCGACGCUGGCGGAAGACCUCACCCGGCGGGAUCUGCUGGGCAAUCCGCAAGUCCAAAAAGUGAGCGCCUGCGACAACCCCCCGCUGAUCACAAAGAAUGAGAACAACGGCGGUGCAGGUGCUGGGAACGAACGCUGUUGCACACAGGUAACCACUUACCGGGUGGGCCUCCUGACGCGGAAUAGUAAGGCCGUCGACUGGACCUGGGUUCAGCACGUCGCCCCGGCGCUCUUUGACAACCAGCAGGUGGGCACGAACCGGGUCAGCAUUGCGCACUUUUUCCAGCGCCUAGAAAAGCUGAACGACAUGACCUCCCCUGGAGGGAAGCAGAAGCACGCACUCGCGGUGGAUCGACUCGUUGCCAACUUCGGAAGUCAAUUUCAUCGCUUCGGGAAGGCGUUUGUGAAGUGGAUGAAAAAUGUCGCAAAAGGAAGCGAGUUGAACGAUCUCCGGUCUCUGUUUGUGGAACUCACCGACAAUGAAGAUGAUCCGGACGAAACCGAGGACUCUGCCUUCGUUUUUAGCGGCCAAGGGAGACGCGCUUCGUCCAACAGCGCCGACGAUAAACUUUGGAACGAGUUCAUAAGUGCGAAGAAAAUGGACAAACGUCAUCAAGAUGAACAAGGUGCUGACGACUUGCACUUCUCGGUACCAGCUGGACGCCCGCCGCUGCCUAGCGGUAGCGCUGCGGCUGGGGAGCCGCGCGAGGAGGAGGACAAUGAACCGAAAAAACCCGGAACGCCAACAAAACCUUCUGUUAGCAGGGGUAAAAGGGACAAACCGCGAAGCAGCAGGGAAAUCAGGCGGACCCGGAAGAAAAAACGCGAGAAAGAGCUUUCAGUCAGAAAGCCUUUCUCGCGCAAAAACCAACGAGAAAGAGCUUUCAUUCAGAAAGUCUUCAGUCCACUGUCGCUCCUUCAGAACAUGCAAAUCAUGCGCCGCCAGGUGCACACAUCUCCGCGUAGUACGCCGGGGCUCGAGAAGCUUACAAACGGACUUGGCGGCAUCCUGCAUGAACAGUUCCAAUAUCAUGCUGACCAAAAUCACGCUUCCGACAAUGAAGUUGCGGGGCGUUGCCGUCUUGCACACGAGUUUGUGAGCCCAUGCCCACACCAAUUCGCAGAACGUAUCGCCAAACGUGUUGGCUUGAAACCGACAACGGUCAUCGCUUCCUGCCGUGCGCCGAAGUGCUGGUGGCAGAGCAGAGCGUCUCCAAACCACCACCUGGAGGCCGAGGUUUCGCUGGAGGACUGCAGCCGGCACAAGAAUCACCUCGACUGUGAACAGACGGACUGCUGUGCCUGGAGUAAAACAGAGGCGAGUAUGGCAACCGCGGAAAGCUUUGGCAACGUGCGUGACCGGACCGGACUCCUUUCCGCCGGACUCGCAUCUCCUACCUCUUUGGUGCCUCGCGUGUGGCGCGACGUAUGGAAGGUUCUAAACCAGAGCCCGCCGGCGCGAGAAAAAGGGGAAGGGGUCCUGCGGCAGUACUGGCGUGAGGAGCUGCGGGGCAGGCGCGAGGUGCGAAACUGCCUGGUGCGACGUGCGCACGAAUCGACACAGCUUGUGACGCCGCUGACGUUCUUCAAGACGGAAAAUGAUGACCCGGGGGCAGCAGCACCAAGAACCCAGUGGGAAUUCUGGCACUCGGUGUAUUUCCGUUUGGUGGCCUACAAGGGGCGAAAGUGCUUCGUCGUGGGGCGCGGAGGAGGCACGAACACGCUGCAGUUGAAGUGUCCCUCUGAUUACACACUACAGGGCGAAACCCGUACCAUCGGUGGCAAGCGCAAGCCAAAAACGCUGCAUGCGGAAUGGGAUGCGCAGAUCUUUUUCGAGGCUUUGCCUACCGAGCUGGCUCCGUGGCGCCUCGCCUACACCCUGCGCAGCUGCGGCGAGGCUGCACAGGCCUGGUUAGACUUGGCCUGGCUGAUACAGGAACUCCUGGUGCCGUCGCCGCAGAAGGCGGCCAGCUCCAACGUACGCAAGGAGACCUGGCUGGCCGCGGUAGCAUUGGUCAAUGCAUUGGAAAUAUCCCAAGAAAAAAAGUGCUACAGUUACACAUUUCAUGCGGUCUAAAUUCAGCUUUAGCAACACAAACUUUCUCUAAACGACGACAGAAAAAACUUGCAACGCACCUGCAGAAAUCAUUUAUGGUGGAAUAAAGCACGUACGAAUGGACUACGAAAUUAGGCUCCUGAGAAGCAUGUCCAGCGGCAUGACGUCUUGCUUGUCCCGUAACCCAAUUUGUCGCUGUAGUAGUGUUUUAUUUUCAUAGCGAACGGAUGCCAGCGCCAUGGUCUUUUAUAUGGAUCAGUUGCGUGAAGCAGCGUCGCUGUUCCAGGGGUCGUUGAUGUAUUACGUUGCCGCCACCUUCUCCCACGUCGAUCUUCCGCUUUAUGGCCUCAACACCGGUGCUGCGGGCCAGCAGAGCAGUUCCAUGUUGGAAACGCAAGAACGGAAUCGACACGGCCGCGCGUCUGGCGAAGACGCAGGGUCGUCGGCUAUACAGAGCUCCGUGAAUACAGGCAGCCACACGACGGCUGGAGGCGAGACGCCUUUCUUUGGCGUGGUUGAUGGCGAAGGAAACCCCAGUGCCCUGGUGCUUUUCCUGGACUACCUUGCUCAACAUUCGGACCCUGACGUCAGAGGAGAGAGGUCCUGGAUCGAGAUUCUUGAUCAAAUCAAAAAGCUCACCGACGACCGCGAAAGUUUUGAGCGAGUACGAAAAUACCUGCGCGACAAACAAGGAAACACGCACGUGCGCAGCCCCGCAACGAUCGCGGACGGGUUCUCGCCGUUCUUGUUGCGGUCCGGCCGGAUGUAUGCACUGUGUGGAGACCAUAUCCCACAAAAAAACGCAGUCACCGAUGAAAAUGCGACAGGCUCGCUUCUAUCGUAAAGUGAGCAAUUAUAUCCAUCGCGUAUUCUGCAGUCAUGAUAUCCAUCUGCAGUCGUCCCGCGAAAGCAACAAUCAAACAAGAGAGAUCCGUUUCAUUUCUGUUUGUCUGAAUAAAGGUAAAGCAGCGCGCUCGAAUAUAUAGGGUGGAGAAGAGCUCGCAGUGUCCGUAGGUAUGUUGAGAAAGCAAGAGCACUGUCUUCAUUUUCUUUUUUGAUACAGCGCGCCCGCGCUCAGUUCCAAACGCACCGGGAGCAGGACGAUCAGAAGAGUCACAAGAAGCGAAGCGAUGAUGCAGCAGAUGAAGAAGAGUCAACAUCGACAAAUCUACUAGCGAAAGCGGACACUUGGGCAAAUACGGUUUUGGGCUACAAGCAAAUACAACAGAGCCUGAAAAAGGUACUGUGGGGGGUGUGGACCCUUGUGGGUAAGGUUGUCUGGUCGGAUUCUCGCGUGACACUAAGUCUGCUGAUAAAAGCGCUCUUUUGUUCUUUCCGAGGCAUGCUCGGGUGGGUUUCGCCCUUUCCGCUCUUCGGGUUGGUUCGUCAGGAGAGAAAGUACAGCAAAGGGUGGGGUAUAGACGACUCCUGCGACAUGAUUCUGCAAGAGUGGUUAUCAACUGCAAAAAUGUCUGGGUCUGGAAGAGUCGGGUCUUGUCAUGCGCAUUUUGCAUGACCCGUGAGAUCUGUGAUGCUGGUGCUAGCAUCACAGAUUUUUUGAGAGCUCCUUGAUGCUAAACACGCACGAGAAAUGCCCUCUCCGGGUGCCAAGAACUGACUCCUCUUGCUGCUCAUGCAAGACAGAUAUUUUUAGAAUCCGCAGACAGCGAUUACAAGUGUCAUUCUUCCAGACCCAGACAUAUUUGCAAUCCAUAGUGGUGGGCCCGGCUCCACAUGCUGUUCACCUCCGUCAACGCCGCUAUCUUAGUUUAUCAAAUGCAAAAAUGUCUGGGUCUGGAAGGUUGGAAGACUUGUCAUGCAGGUCUUCCAUGACACGUGAGGUCUGUCAUAGUACAUGACCCAGCAUGACAGAUUCUGUCUCACCUCUAUCAGGCCUCGUCUGCAUGAGAAACUUCCUUUCAACUUGGUCAAAAGUGGACAGCUUUUGGCAUUCAUGCAACACAGAUUUUUGCACGAUUCAGAAUUAGCAUUACAGGUCGCAACCUUCCAGACCCAGACACUUUUGCAAUGCAUAUAGUUCCGGUACUUGCGAUCUUGCCCAUGCAAGCUUUGUUCAAAGGGAUGCUAGUGGAGUUGCCUCAUAUGCUCAACAAGGCGUCCGGCGACACUCUGGGCCUCCUCGACCUGAACCAAAUUGGGGAAAAGGUCGGCACUGCCUUCGGCGACCCGGGGGUAGUAAUUGUGGAUUUCUGCAACAUGGUCUUCCACGCGGCGACUCUUCCCGUUGGCGGCUUUUCGAUAGCGGCCCCCGACAUCGUGUGCAAAUUCCUUCACAAAGUGUUUUCCCAGUUCCUCCUUAUGGUCGCAAUCCACUACGGCAUGGUGCUCGCGGGCAGCACCGACAAUGUGUUGCACGAGAUCGAGGACGUGCUUGCCGUUUGCGCGCGCUACAAGGCAAAGGCUGAUCAGCAAAUGGCCCGGUCGCGGACGCAACUUGAGUACAACCACGGAGCUUUCGCGGCGGCCUUUUUCGUCAUGGAAGCGGCUGCGCACGUCUUUGGCUUCAUCAUGAAUCACUUUUUGGUAGGCGCGAUUCCCGACACGAUCUUCGGCGCGAUCUACCUGGGGCUAAUGAUCCCGAAUCUCGCCUGCGUUCUGAACCCCUUUAUCUUCUGGCGCGUGCAACAGAAAGUGAACGCUAAAUUUUACGAGGACGAAGAAGGCGACUACCUGCAGAGCGUCACGCUCGGUUCUCGUAGUAGCAGGCUUGCCGAGGAGCUCCUCCAGGACGCAAGUCUGGCGAUGCACGCCCCCGGGCGGCUCAGGGGGUUGGAAACGCUCUUUUUCGCGAACCCCGACAAGGGCGAGACCUGUUUUCCCCGCACGCCAAGAAAAGGCCCGGGGGAAGACCUGGUCUGCUUUCAGCGCCGCAAGCUCCGCAACGUCGUUCAUUCCGGACAAAACUCCCUCGUAUGGACUUGAAAAAAUCAUUGUUGUUGAUGUCGAUUUGUGUUGCAUCGAAAAAACUUGAUAUUCCCAAAUCUGAUGUCGAUGAAGAAAAAAAUCUGUGAAGCUGGAAUAGAUACACUUUGAUGUCAACUUUGCCUCGGCUCUGGCUCAACCUCAACAGCUUUAAUUUCGUUAUUGCUUAGCCGCGACACAAAGUACGACUGACCGACAGCCGAUUUAUUUCUAGUCGGGAAACGCGAAGAAGAAAGAAAUGCUCGAGCACUCGCGACGUUCGUGGAAAACCAACUGAGGCCCUAUUACGAAAAGCACCGAGCUGGGACGGGCACAUCUUCCAGCACCAAGAGCAACGACAAGAAGUACAAGACCUCCCUGUGGUCGCUUUUCCUGCAAAAGCAAAGUGAAAAAACCUCAUCUUCCCGGGGGGAUCAGCUCACGAAGACCGAAGAGCUACUGCAUGAAGGGUCGGGGAACGAAUUCAAUGUGUACCGCGCCGCCUUGCGCACCCUGCCUGCCGACGUGUUCGAGGAUGCUCAGAAAGCCACACUGCACGGAUUCGAAAGGAUUGUUAUCAACGCGGUCGCAGAGGCAGCGGAAAACCAUGUCCGUCCGCGCGCAGAGUCCAUGAUAAGCAGCUGCAUCCAUAUGACGAGAGAUCUUGUGCACAACUGCUCCCAACCCUCCGCCUCAUUUGUAAUUUUUGUGUUGAUGCACAUUCUUCGACAGAAGAAGAAGUACCAAAUUCACUGAAUUGCUAUUGCAUUUUUUUGCAGUUGUUGCUUGGUGUGUUGCAGCUGUGGAUGACCUUCACUUUCGAAUGAGGCCGAUUUUUAUAGGGGAACAGUUUUGCCCUCUCGUAGUCAAGGAGCUUACAGCGCAAGGGUGCCUGGUAUCCGGAGCGUCUGACCUUGGGGUGACCGGAUUUUCCGGAGAUUGCGAAGAGGUGGAUAAACACAGCAAGAAAAUUGUCGCGAAGAUGCUGAGACAAGGUAGAAGGCAAGAACAACAUGGAACAACUACGCCCGAAGAUGUUGCCCUUGUUCCCGAGCACUUGGAAGCCCUUGUCCGCGAAUUGCGCCAGAACUUGCUCCCGCUAGAGGGCCUGAAGGUCACGAAGACAGGUAUAGUCGGCGGCUCUUCUGAACGGAUCACUCACGUGACGGAGGACCUGCUCGUUGAGGCGGGGACUCUGCCUGUGCAGAUUGGUUUUGCUUUGUAUUGGGGACGCGAAAAGCUGUUCCACGACCCGGAGCGCUAUCCUGGUGGCUACUCCGCGGGUGACCUCGUCGAGUUUUCGCCGAGCGAGGGAGUUACCAGGUACUGCGUGUUUGUUGGGCUAGCCGACAUCCCCUUCCAGGCUACCUCCUCCAGGGGCGGUAGGAAUAGUAAAGAGGACAGUACGAAAAGCAGCCCGCACAUUCUCCCAAUUAACUUGGAGUGUCCUCUGGCCGGACGUACCAACCUCGAGUCCGACGACCCCCGCUUACUUCAUUGGAACCAUGUCGGAUACUACCCUAACGUCCAGAAAAUCGUAAACAACCGGCAGAAAAAUAAACCCGCAGAAGAUCUUCACGCCGCGCCACCCAAGAAACAAGGCCAUACAACUGCUCCUGCUCAAAAAGAACAGGAAGAGGAAGCUCACGGCCACGGUCAUGGAUACCCGGACUAUGGAAAUUGGUUGUCCUUUCAGAACUUCAUAUCCUACAUGCUCAUGGACGAUGGCGUGGAGACGAUCACCACCGACAUUGGCGAUAUUCGCCCCUUCGGCUUCCGUAUCCCAAACAAAAGUCAGCUACUCGUAGACAAAAAUAUUGAAUAGCCACGAGAGCAGCGGCCAAUAAGCCUGAUCGUAGUCGUAGAGUUGUAAAUGAUUCAUGCUAGGCCAACGCCCACUUGCGCCCUUGCGUUGCGAGGCCGAAUGUGUUGUAGCUCGAAUCUUCAGCAAGCAGCACGUCGUGUCCACUUGACCGAGACUUUUGCGCAACGGGAUACUCUACGCCAUGAAGGCGUUGCACAGACAAGAACCCGAUAUCUACUACGGCCAGGGAACCUUCCAGGUCGGCCACCAUACUGUCCGUGUCCCCCGAUCAAAAAGAUUUUCUGACUGCGUCUUCAACUUUGAGUUGUUUGAACAGCUUUUGCAGUUUUCGGCACGAGUGGCACAGAAGCACUUCACGACCCGCGAAUACCGACUGCGAAUAGAGGGAAAAGAAGCUACCGGGCACGCCCAACGUGCGCAGCACCAUGCCUCUUUGUGCAUUGCAAACAUGUCACCCUACACGGCAAUAAAUGGUAAUGGCUAGUGCGCGUGAGAUGUAUGUAAAUAUCAUCUGCCAUUUGUACUUGGGCCUGCAUUGCGAUGUUGCUUGAAAGAAUUGCGAUGGUGGACAAGCCGGCAAAAACGCGCGGUGGAUUAUUCUUUAGGCACCGCGGAAGCUCCUGCGGUGUUCUGUUUAUUGCUGAGUGUGCAUGCUCGUAGCUGCCGCACGCAUAUCAGCAUGAAGCGGCUGCGCAUAAACCAUCCGAAAAAUAGAUUCAUAUGCAUAUGCCUUGAUAUCCCGAUCUUUCGGCCACAUUGCGCGCGUUCCAUCUCCAAUUUGGACGGACAUGUUUGCGUUUUUCUAUCGGCAUACGAACCAGCCACACGAACCGGGUCGAUGGACGUUGCGCGCAUGAAGUUAGAAAAAGAAUACCAGAGGGAGCUGCUCGAAGAUAUCGUAGAAAAAAACGCUAGCGCCUGCACACAAUUUUUGUAAAGCCGUACUUUCCGAGAUACAUAGAUGUCGCAACUGAUCAGAGCUGGGAGUGGGAUGUUGACAGAUGCAUGACUGGUCACAAAAUGCCGUGUCGUCCAUUAAAUUUGCAUAAUUCGCAACGAAGAUACGUUGACGUGCGCAGGUUUUUUUCUACGUGAUGCAAAAGCUGCGAGCAAUAAAAGAAACGUCCCUCCUUGAAGCGAGCACGGAGUGCCAGAGAGACCGGCACAGAAACUGGAUUUCUGGCUUGAAUCCUUUUGGAAGCGACGAGCUUGGGUCGCUCUGGUACGCUCUGGAAGAUUUCUCAUACGCCAAUCGUGAGCACGAUGUAGAGCAUUGAAAAUAAUCCAUCUUAGCCUUUUAUUUUUCUUCGAGCAAAAAAGUACGCAAAAAAUGCGAUAGCGAUAGCGUGUCUUACUUUCCUCUUUACAACAUAACACGAAACUCACUCACAUUUUUCUCAGCAUGCGCAAUGCGAAUAUUUCGAAACUGGGGCGUAAGCGAUUGUGAUGUGUGUUUUUUUUUUAAUUGGAUUUUCAGUGCGGAUUAAUGAGGAUUAUUAUGCCACCCCAACUCGACAUAGUGUUGAGAAAAUCAAACUACAAGCAUAUCAUAGGCAAGACACAGUGUGCAGUCAUGGUGGUGCGUCUGCUUAUUCACACGCAGCAUGAUAAUUAGCUCGGUUUUUUUGAAGAAGCCGCGGCAUGUGUGCUUGGUUGUUGUUUUCCAUGAAGUAGUUAUCUCAUCACAAGACCUCGAAGCUUCUGCAAAGCCAACAAAUUUUUAAUGGUGAAGGAGUCGCAUGUUGUUGCUGUUGGACAAAAGCAAACGCCAGCAGCUGAUGUUUCCUGAGUCCCUAUAGUAGCUAGGACAGGACACCAGCUUCUCUUUCCAUAUGCUCCACCAUGAUGAUUACUUACAUGGCAGGGGCUGGAAAUGCGUCAUCAUGAACAUGGGGUCGGUAUCGCCAUUCGAUUUUUUUUUUUUUGGUUUUUUUUCUCGUGGCGGAAAGUUUCUG